CUUCAGGCCCGAAGUCCAGCGCGUUAUCGACUGUGCCCCAAAAGCUGUGCCCCUCCGCGUUUAUAAACCCAGGGUCGUUACAAUAUUAUAGUGUCAAAAUGUAUUACAAAGUGCAAAUAGGAUAAUUAUGGUAAUAAAGUCAGUCUCGUCCAAAACAUAGUUUUGUAAUUGAAUUCGUCACGAUUUACUGGAUGGUUGGGUAUGGAUUAUGAUCAUGCCCACUUUCGCCAAUUAUGCCAAAUUUCAGAGAAAACACGUUGUAGUCCGCAUCCAGCUGCCAUGUGGACAUGUGUUGUCAAGGCUGCACAUUUCGCUCUGCAAUUAUGAGUGAAAAUGGGCUUCCAUAAAGUUGGUGCAAACUUCCAAUACAUUUCAACAAUAUUGCCAGGAGUGGAUUACAUUCGACACGGUCACUUCUGCUGCCUGUCUACCGUCAAACCACUGCACUGGUGUUGGCUACGUACAAGACCUGGUUGAUUUGUAGUUCAGCAAUGUUGUUGGAACCCCCCUGCCAUAUCAGGAGCUGUUACAGAAGGCUGAGGCAGUGGCCAUACACCAGUCCUGCUUGAGAGUAAUGGAGGACACUUGAAUCAGGUUGGUCACAUUUGAUCUGGUCAAUGGUCAAAAUACUAUCUGUCCUGGAAUUCACCUAACCACCAUUGAUAAUGUAAUCAGUGCUCUGUGUAUAUGUGUGUCUUGUACUGUACGUUGUAAGAAAGCUGCCCCCUUCCAAUGGACUAUUGGGCCCAGAGAGCUGGGUCGGAUAAAGGAGCCGUAGUCGGGCUUCUGCAUGACCAGUAUCUGUGAUGAGGGACCUGGAGCUGGUCUACACUGCCAUGCCAAUCAGGCGUUGGCAAACACCUCAAAAGGGACAAACAAACAGUGAUUACUAAUAAGACAUCACAUCACCCUUUCAAUGUGUCACUCAUCAACUCUUCCUUGGUUUUCUACAGAUGGGAAGAAGAGUUGCUUUUCAGAUGGAGUCCUCUGACUGAAAGACAGGUUAAUACUGAUGUCAGAAUUGGGAGAGACCUUGCAACUCAGCAUAAUUUUUUUACAAGACAUCUAUUACUUUUUAUUGUCUUUUGUUAUUAGAUAAUCUAUUGGUACUAGCAGAACACUGCUUCUACAGUAUUACGUAAAGUAAGGUUUAUUCUACAUGGAACUGUUACACUUGAAUGUUAUCAAAAUACUUUGUUUAGAAUAUCUACAAAAGUUCAGCAAUUGAACUCUUCUCAUAUUACUCUGUAGGCUACUGCCAGAUGAAUUGUCAGUUACCUACUGAGUAGUAUGAGUGCGCCAUCCUCCUGCAUCUCACAUCUGCCUGUACUGUAGUUAUUGAACUGCUAAACCCAUUGGUUGAGGCACAAUCUGUCAUAUCCAGGUUGGAGUAUCAUGCACUCCACCCCUCCUGCCACCUGACUUUACCUAUCCAUGACCUGUAAUACAUUACAUAGAUGGAAGGGACUUCAUCACCCAGAGAGCUGUGCAUGUCAGUGUGUGGUUAGAUAGCCAAAUCCUUAGAUAUGGCUAAAUAGAAUGCUGUUCUGGUUAGACAGCUGAAAUUGUACUCUACACACAACUUUUUUUAUUUGCUAGGUAAGUGUAGGCACACUAUCUUUAUAUGCACAUCAAUAUGAUAUUUACAGCAUAACAUGUUUUGUUUUUGUAACAUGAACACCCAUCGGUUUUUGUUGUUUAAUGCAUGUACAGUAAACUCAAGCUGGGCAAUGUUUGUGCAAUAUUCACAUGUAGCCUACACCUGUUGUAGGGAUAUUAGUAGUUCUGGGAUUUGUCCCCUGGGAAAGAUCUAACAGCGGACAUAAGGAGAGACGAGACAACUAGUCAGUUAGAAUAUUGUGUUGUAGGACAGCUGAGCUGACUCAAGAACGGGCCUUCAACACGCUGUUAAUAUAGUUUACAUGGUAACGUGUAUUUACAUGACGUGAUGAAACUGCUUUGCAAGCUACUUUCGUAGCAAGGUGUUAUAGAAGGAUUGUCUCAUGAAACACAUUCCGGUCACUGGCUCUUGCUAUCUUGCCAUAACUGAUUUGACAGAGAAAUAUCAGCUAGAUAGGAUGGCCAGCUGCGGCUAUCACCAAAUCUAUGCUAGCUAGCUGCUGUCAGCUUGGCUAAACACAGGGUCAGAGCUGACUCUUGAGAUGGCGAGUCAAUCAGGAGGGGAGAAGUCCUCAACUUCAAAACGUUCUCUCCAUAGCAAAGCUAUCUUAGCUAAACUUUCUCUACUUACUACUGCCCUUGUUUUUUUGUGCUUGAAUGGCAAAAAACAAGCACGUUAAACCACACCCCUAGACAACUCUCAUUUGCCCUCAGCCAUGGCCGCUUGCAUUUCCUAAUGACCAUUGAUGGAAAACAAGGCCAAAUCAGGAAGUGCAGUAGCUCUUUAACCUUAGCUUCUCCAGAGAAAAGCAGACUGGCCGCUGAACACGAUGUUGUGCUAGCAUGUAAGCAAUGCCAAUUGGCCUGGAUACUGGCCGUCUGCUAAGUUAAUAAGUAAUAUGAGGGGGUGGGGGUUACAUUGAGACUGGAUCUAGAUCAAGGCAAUGAAGCCUGGGAUCGUUACCAACUCGCAGACACACACACAAUUAGAAAAAAGGUGCUAUAUAGAGCCUAAAAGGGUUCUUUGGCUGUCCGCACAGGAGAACCCUUUGAAGAACCCUUUUUGGUUCCAGGUAGAACUCUGGGUUCCAUGUAAAAUCCUUACCACAGAGGGUUCUACAUGGAACCCAACAUACUUCUACCUGGAACCAAAAAAGGUUAUUCUAUGGGGACAGCCAAAGAACCCUUUUGGAACCCAUGUUUCUAAGAGUGUACCACAUACUGUACAUACAAUCAGUGCUUAACUUGGGCAGGAGCCGAGUACCAGCACAUCACAUUUUUUACUGCUUAAAUUCCUUCACCUCUUAUAGAAUAUUAGCUCAAAAGUAUUGUGGAGUUCCUGCACCUAAAUAGAAUACUCUUUCCCACACGGGCUCACGCUUAUACACACAUACCUCCCUGCACAUAUACACACAAUCAUGAUACUUACAUGUGUGUAAGUAUGUAACUAAUCUUUGUAUUUGGUUUCUCAACUACAAAGAGUAUCGACGCCAAUGGUAAAGGACUUGGCACCAUGGAUCCCAAGCAAUGAUUUAAUCCCAAAUGUGGAUGGGCCUACAUUUCAGAUUUGAUGUUCUGGUUGUGUGCUGUUAAUGAAAGGUAUACUGAAAAGAAUUGCUACUGUGAGAGUAUGCAUAAGAUAUAUGUCCAGACUGUGGGACAUCUACAUAAGUACAGCAAUGGCCUCUCAUGUUUUAAGGUACCAAAGAGAAGUUAAUGUGUUGAAUAAAACAGUGUAACAGAGGUGGUUCAGUGAAACAUGCUCAUGUGAUCAGUAAACCAUUUUUAUGGGGACUGGAUCUAGAUCAAGGCAUUCAAGCCUGGGAUAGUUACCAAGUCGCAGACAAAUAUACCACAUAUGCUCAGUGCUUGAUUUGGGCAGGAGCUCACCGGAGCUGAGUACCGGCACCUCACUUUUUUUUUUACUGCUUGAGUUCCUGCACCUCUUAUAGAAUAUUAGCUCAAAAGUAUUGUGGGGUUCCUGCACCUAAAUAUAAACAGUAUCGGCACACAAAAUGAGUACCAGCACCUAUUUCAGUCCAAGUCAAGCACUGCAUGCACUCUUUCACACACGGGCACACACUUAUACACACAUAUGUCCCUGCACAUAUACACAGAUAAGCAUGAUACUUACAAGUAAGUGCGUAAUUAAUCUUGUUUCUCAACUGCAAAAAGUAUCGAUGCCAAUGGUAAAGGACUUGGCACCAUGUAUCCCAAGCAACGAUUUCAUCCCAAAUGUGGAUGGGCCUACCCAUUUGGCAACAUUUCAGAUUUGAUGUUCUGGUUGUGUGCUGUUAAUCAAAGGUAUACUGAAAAUAAUUGCUACUGUGAGAGUAUGCAUAAGAUAUAUGUCCAGACUGUGUGACAUCUACAUAAAUAUAGCAAUGGCAGCAAUGUCAUGUUUUAAGGUAGCAAAGAGAAGUUAAUGUGUUCGAUACUAGUGUAACGGAAGUGGUUCAGUGAAACAUGCUCAUGUUAUGAGUAAAUUUGCCUAAGAUCUAAAAGUCUUGCAUUAACUCCCUGAGCUUAUGCCUAUAGGCUUAAGCCCUGCAGCUAAUACAGUCAUGUGUCACACAGACGACCCAGGUUCAAUAGCUGAUCAGUGGCAUUGGUGGGGUGACCGGGAUUUGGUCAGCUGAUGUCUGUCAGCUCCUUGGGUUGUUACGGAGAGAAGUAGGAGGUCAAAGGGGGGAUGACGUGUAACAAAGACGGAAGUGGUUUUUCUCACAGAAGGCUGGCAUGCUGAUACACACACUGUUUGUCUACCCUAGCAUAAUCUAAUGAGAUGGUAUGUCCUUGCCUGAAGUCUACCGUUUACUCCCCAAGCUAAUUCCUAGGCUUUAGCUCAAUCGGCUAAUGCAGUGGUGUGGCACGCAGACACAGGUUCAAUAACUGGUCAGUGGCAUUGUUGGGAUGACCUGGAUUUGGUCACUUAAUACCUGUCAGCUGCUGGGGUUGUUCUGUAGAGGAGGAGGUCAAAGGUGGUGAAGUGUAACAUAGGAGGGUUGGUGAACCACGAUCGUGUGAUGAGGAAUCGUGCCUGAGACUUUACAAUUUGUGUUACAUUUUUGAGCUAAUACCUAGGAUUUAGCUCAGCAGCCUUUGUCGUUUUAUGGCAUGCAGACAACCAAUGUUCGAUACACCACACUUUGCUAGUGUGAAUGACUGGGUAUCUAGUGUGCACUAGAAACUGAACUAGGUUCAGAAUACUACUUGAAAUCAUUUCAAAUACUUUCACUGUGCUCGAUUGAGCGUGCCUGUUGGAAUGAAACUAAUAGAGCCGGUGGAAAAGUUCCAACCCCUUCCCUGCCCCCCUGGCACUCCUGGCUGACUGAAGCAAACGCUCAAAUUAUUGAAAUGAUUUCAAAUAGUGUAUGAACCCAGGUUUGACUAGAAACACCAGAGUGUUGCAAUCUUGUCUCUCCCUCUUAUCCUGGCUCACUAUAUAGAGACCCUUGUGUGAAAGUAUCUCUUUUCACUGUCUCUCCUUCUCUAAAAAUACCCUUAUUGCAUGGUUUCCUCCUGUAAAAGUCCUCCCUCUGUUUCUCUUCUCACUCCAGGACAGUGUUGUUCAACUCCUGGCGACCCACAGUGUUUUGUUCCAGCCCAGUAAUUACACACCUGAUUCAACUAAUCACCUAAUUUAGUUCAAAUCAGGUGUGUUAGCACUGGGCAGGAACAAAAGCAUACAUACCUUGUGGGUCCUCGGGACCAUGAUUGAAGAACACUGCUCUAGAGAGAACCAGCUAUGGCUAUGACUCCAUAGAGAUGUGUUCUAUUUAAUUCUGUGGAUGACUCUCACCCUCGCUCUUUCUCUUUCUAUAGCUCACUCUAGACUAGAGCGAUUCUGGUGUGGUGGUAUCUCUUCGCAAUGCGAAGAUGGCACCCCUGCUCCCUCCCACAGGCGCUGAUGCGUUCCGCCGCUUCACCCCGGAAUCCCUAGCAGAGAUCGAGAGGCUCAUGGAGGAAAAGAGAAUAGCCGCGGAAGUAGAGGGGUACGUAGGUGAUGGGCCGUCAGAGCCCAGCAAAGACCUGGAAGCCGGCAAGAGUCUGCCCAUGAUCUUUGGAGACGCCCCAACGGAGAUGCUUAACACACCACUGGAGGACAUAGACCCCUUCUACAAAGCACAGAAGACCUUUAUCGUGAUCACCAAAGGAAACAUAAUCUUCAGGUUCAAUGCUGAAUCAGCUUGCUACAUUCUAAGCCCCUUCAAUCAUCUUAGAAGAGGAGCCAUUAAAAUUCUCAUACAUUCAUAUCCUUUUUAA